UGGAGCAUCAAGGAGAACAGAAAGGUGCACCGGGGAGAUAAGUGUUGCGCCGGUUUGGAGUGGACAUACUUGGACACAUUUUACACACCUGGGACUAACUGGAUUUAAGGACAUAUCUAUCGAAAGUUGUGUAUUUUAUGGAAUAAAACACAUUUAACCAUGUUGCUCUAUAUAAAGUUGAUCCUGUGGCUAUAUUGUCUCUGUGAAGCUGCAUCUGCAACAACCCCCAACGCAUUAUCGAUCAUCGCACCAGUCACUGGGUCCCUCUCAGGGAAGGUAAAUCUUCCCUGCUUCUUCUCCAACAUCCCAACCUCAGCACCAUUGAUCAGUGCCGAUGGAAUUGCCGUUCCUAGCGAAGAUUACUUACGGAUCAAAUGGACCAAAAUAGUUGGAGACGUGGAAUCCACAGUGCUGGUGGCACAACAUGGUGUCAUCAAAAUAGGCACCGUCUACAAGAACCGUGUGUCAGUGCCCAGUCACCCUGAGGAUGUAGGUGAUGCCUCGCUGACGAUGGUAAAGCUGCGUGCCAGUGAUGCCGGCACUUAUCGAUGUGAAGUCAUAUACGGCAUUGAGGACACCCAGGAUACAGUUAACCUUGAUGUUGAUGGUGUUGUGUUUCACUACCGGGAAAGCACCAGCAGGUACACCUUGGACUACCAGAAGGCUGUCGAAACUUGCCAAAAUGUUGGAGCAUCCAUUGCUACAUAUGGGCAACUAAAAGCAGCGUAUGAGGAUGGCUUUGAUCAAUGUGAUGCCGGCUGGAUUUCUGACCAGACAGUGAGAUACCCAAUUACAAUGCCAAGGAAGGGCUGCUUUGGCCACCUGAAAACUAAACCUGGUAUCAGGUCGUAUGGGACCAGGAAAGCCACAGACACCUUCGAUGUAUUCUGUUUUGUGGACAAACUUGAUGGUGAAGUGUUCUAUGCUCCUGUGACCCGUAAGAUGACUCUUAAGGAAGCCAGUGCAGAGUGUAGGAACAGGAAAGCUGUCCUGGCAUCCCCGGGCCAGCUCCACGCUGCAUGGCGACAAGGCCUGGACAGAUGUGACUAUGGCUGGCUCUCCGAUGGCAGUGUACGACACCCUGUGGCAGUACCCAGACUGCAGUGUGGGGGAGGCCUGCUCGGAGUAAGGACCAUGUACCGCUACAGAAACCAGACUGGCUUCCCAGAACCAACCAGGAAGCUUGGGGCUUACUGUUUUAAAGAGCACCUACCACCAACUCCACCACCCCAACAAGAACCUCUCAUCCAGCGCAACAGAGAGCACUGGUAUGGUAACAACUCUUCCCCUCAGGACAUUCCACUGAUAGCCCUUUAUGAGGUAAACCAGACCUCAGUCGAGCGAGGCGUCGGCCACCACAACAGGACUGCUGCCGGGACUACUUACACUGUCUACAGAAACCACUCUCAAACCAAACCGGAUUCGUAG